AUGACCAGUAAUCAAGUUCUCAUGGCCGAUCAUGCUUGUUAUCUAAGGUCGUUUAUAGGUUUCACAUCAAAGGGGUUCUCUGAGACGGAUUCAGUGGCGAGCCCAACUUCAAUUCUUGACAUUAAACCAUUCUCUAGCCUUGAAAUUUUUGCAACUCCUCUAGUUUUCACGAGUUGUCUCUCUGCAAGCGAGAUGGAGCUUUCUGAGAAUUAUACUUGUGUAAUCUCCCAUGGACCGAACCCUAAAACAACACAUAUCUUUGAUAACUGCAUUGUAGAGAGUUGUUGUGGAGUUGUUAGGUUUUCUGCAUCGAGAAAGGAGAAUUUUUUCUCGGCUUGUUCACGCUUCCCUUCCGAAAAUUUCCUUAGCUUCUGCUACGCAUGCAAGAAGAAUCUAGGACAGGGAAAAGACAUCUCCAUGAUCAAACGAAGAGGAGGGGUAAUUAUGUCUUUUCGUAUUCUAAAACUAACACCUCUCAAACAGUGUUAG